UCUGGUCAGCAUGGACGCGUUGGACCGAAGGGGCUGUUUCCAUGCUGUACAUCUCUUUGACUCUAUAAUUGAGAUCUUCUCCCCUUUGUACUGCGUGUGUGUCUGCUUAAAAACUGCAGCAAUCCUAAUAUACUAUGUGGGAGCACCGUUUUAGCAAUCUGUACGGCAGCUGGGCUCCGAAUAGUGAUGCUUUUUUCCCUGAAGUCUGUAUUUCUUUACCAAAUGAAGCAUUGGGACUGGGGACUAAUUCCACACAUUUGCCAGAAGUAUUACUUGUCAAUUCCUUUGUUUGUCCUGUAAAAGAUUUUUCUGAAAGAAAAUGUCAAACAGACACAGGAGGGCGCCAUAAAUAUAUAGUUUUUUUUGGUUUUAAUUCUUCCCUCCACCCCAGGGUAAGCGCAAGUACUCUUUGGUAAAAGUAACCCAGGGGAUUCACUUCAUUUGCAAGAAGAUCCUGGCCUCAAAGACGGAAAGAAUGAGUUCUAGCCCUUUCUUGUCAGGGAUUUUUAAAUGAACAUCUUCAGUUGGGGAACGAAAAGGGGGUUGGGUUCUCACUCUUCAGUUAACCUCUAGAAGCAAGGUCUAGGACAUCUCUCUCUCUCUCUGGCUCCCCGCGCUGUUUAAGAAAAAAUGUCACGUAGGCGAAGCCCAGACCACGUCAAAGCAGACUUCUCCCAGCAUCUGAGCAAAACUGCGUCCUAGUGAGCGGAGAAGGUGGUGCAGCCUGCCCCAUUAGACAGGUCCCAUCAUGGACGAAGACGACGAGAACGAGGAGGAUACGCGCAGCAAGAGCAUCAGAAUGAAAGCGAUCCCGUCCCCCCCAGGAGGGGGAGCCGGCCGAGGCUGCCACAACAAGGUGAAGCAGCCGGCGCUGGAAUCCAACCCGGGCGAGCAGGAGACGGCGGUCAGCAUGAAGUGCAACACCAACGGGGAUUGCAGGGUGGCCCAGGGAAGCCAGUCGUCCAUCAGCCGGGCGGCUGAGGGCGAGGAGCGGAAGGUCGCGAUGGAGGGAGGCGGCUCCGCCCGCAGCGAGGACAAGAGGGAGAGCAAAGUGGCUUUCUCGGCGGAGCCGCCCAGCCGAAAAUCCUCACAAUUCCAGCAGCGCGGCAGGAACUCCGUCAGCCUGCUCAAGUCCGAGGGGGCCGAGCAGAUCUUCCCCGAGGAUGCCGAGCAGAACGGCAGCCAGGCUAGCUUCAUGCAGCGCCAGUUCGGGGCGAUGCUCCAGCCGGGAGUUAACAAGUUUUCCCUGCGGAUGUUCGGCAGCCAGAAGGCUGUGGAAAGGGAGCAGGAGAGAGUCAAAUCGGCGGGCGCCUGGAUUAUCCACCCUUAUAGUGACUUUCGGUUUUAUUGGGAUUUCACAAUGUUGUUGUUUAUGGUUGGAAAUCUCAUCAUUAUCCCAGUAGGAAUCACCUUCUUCAAGGAAGAAACCACCACUCCAUGGAUUAUCUUUAAUGUUGUGUCCGACACUUUCUUCCUCAUGGAUUUAGUCCUAAACUUCAGAACUGGAAUUGUUAUAGAAGAUAACACUGAGAUCAUACUGGAUCCACAGAAAAUUAAGAAGACAUAUUUAAAAAGCUGGUUUAUUGUAGACUUUGUCUCCUCAAUCCCUGUGGAUUAUAUAUUUUUGAUAGUAGAAAAAGGAAUCGAUUCAGAAGUUUAUAAAACUGCUAGAGCACUACGAAUAGUGCGGUUUACAAAAAUUCUCAGUCUUUUACGAUUAUUGAGACUCUCCAGGUUGAUAAGGUACAUUCAUCAAUGGGAGGAGAUCUUUCAUAUGACCUAUGACCUUGCCAGUGCAGUGAUGCGAAUAUUUAACCUUAUUGGAAUGAUGCUUCUCUUAUGCCACUGGGAUGGAUGCCUACAAUUUCUUGUGCCAUUGCUUCAAGAUUUUCCAAAUGAUUGCUGGGUUUCUUUAAAUAAUAUGGUGAAUGAUUCCUGGAGUGAGCUCUAUUCUUUUGCACUGUUUAAGGCAAUGAGCCACAUGCUCUGUAUAGGCUAUGGCCGCCAAGCUCCAGAAAGCAUGUCUGAUAUCUGGCUAACAAUGCUAAGCAUGAUAGUUGGUGCCACCUGUUAUGCCAUGUUUAUUGGUCAUGCGACUGCCCUAAUCCAAUCUUUGGAUUCAUCGCGUCGUCAGUACCAAGAAAAGUACAAGCAAGUGGAGCAGUACAUGUCUUUUCACAAGUUACCUGCUGACUUCCGGCAGAAGAUUCAUGACUAUUAUGAACAUCGUUACCAGGGGAAAAUGUUUGAUGAGGACAAUAUCCUGGGAGAGCUAAAUGAACCGCUUAGAGAGGAAAUAGUGAAUUUUAACUGCAGGAAACUGGUAGCCUCUAUGCCACUUUUUGCCAAUGCGGACCCAAUUUUUGUGACGGCAAUGCUGACCAAGCUGAAGUUUGAAGUGUUCCAACCUGGAGAUUACAUCAUCCGAGAGGGGACGAUUGGAAAAAAGAUGUAUUUUAUCCAGCAUGGAGUGGUUAGUGUCCACACAAAGGGCAACAAGGAAAUGAAACUAUCAGAUGGCUCAUACUUUGGAGAAAUCUGUUUAUUGACAAGAGGCAGGCGAACUGCCAGUGUGCGUGCUGAUACCUACUGUCGUCUGUAUUCUCUCUCUGUGGAUCAUUUUAAUGAAGUAUUGGAAGAAUACCCCAUGAUGCGAAGAGCCUUUGAGACUGUGGCCAUCGACAGACUGGAUAGAAUAGGAAAGAAAAACUCUAUUUUGCUGCACAAAGUCCAGCAUGAUUUAAACUCGGGUGUCUUCAACAACCGUGAGAAUGAGAUUAUCCAGGAGAUUGUGAAGUAUGAUCGAGAGAUGGUUCAACAAGUGGAACUUCAAAGGCCUCUUGCCAUGUCCCACACACCUCCAUUUCAUGGAGGCUCCAUGUUCAAUUCCCAAGGCCAACUUGCUAACAAUUCGGCAAUUGCUACUCUCCAGCAGGCUGUAGCUAUGAGCUUCUGUCCUCCAUCUACAGGCCUUUUUAUUGGGUCUGUAGGUGUGCAAUCACCCAGGACAGUCAGGCGGUUACAGCCUGUUCAGAGUGCAGCAAGCCCACUUUCAGUGUCCCCUGGUCAACAAUCGCAGACACAACAACAAGUGGCUUCAGUUUCACCAUAUCCUUCUGCUGUCUCCAGUCCUCCAAACCAAAGCCCUCUAACAAACCGAACUUUCCAAUAUGGAUCACAGGCUCAAUCAGGCUCGCAGCUGUCACUAACACAGCAAAAAGCACCCAGCCCUCCCCAGCGUCCUGCAGCUCAUAAGAGCACACAGGCACUGCAUACAAGCAGCUUAUCCCAAGAGGCAAGACCACUGUCUGCUUCCCAACCCUCAUUGCCUCAUAAUAUUUCCCAGACAGUAACCUCAAGUCCACCACAAUCAACCAGAGAAUCAACAUCAUCAAUAGGAAGUCAGAUGUCUGUGCAACCAAGUACAGGAGCUCUCCAAGGAUCGAUUCGAGGAUCUGUCCCACCAAGGAUGACCCUGACACAUCAAAUGUCCACAGGUGCAAUGUUUCAAGUGUCACCAAUGGCCGGUGCACAACAGGACUCAAGUGUUCCCAAGAAAGAUUCUGUUGUAUGUGUUACAGAUAUGGACACAGGCAAAUCAAGGCUUUCCUCCAACUUGUGAUGUAUGGGUCACCGUGAUCUUUUGUGGUAAAUAAGAAGAUUAAGUUUGAGAACAGUUAAUAGUUGGUUGUGUGAUUGAAAAAGAAAUGCUGCUGGUUACUGCACAUUCGAAACAAACUGCACAUUCUGCCCUUAAUUGCCAUCUUACAGAAAUUCUACAUUUGUGCAAGAGUUCAAAAAUCAAAUGUCUGACAAAUGGAGAUGUGCAUAAUUAUAUCAAAGGAUGCUGAGCUUAUCAGCUUUUAUUUCUUUUAUCAAUUUGUCUGUAAUAGAUGCAUUAUAAGUAUUUAAACGCAAUAUGUGAUUUUCUUCAGAAAAAGAUCUUAUUGUGGUAUUUGGUGUGAUGAUGUUGUCUUAUGUAUUGUUGUAUAGUUAGAUGUAAAUGGUUACCCCAAUGCAAAUAAUUUUAAUGUCUUAAGAAAUUGCUGCUACACCAUAAUACAGCAAAACAACCAGCUUUUAACCUCCAUUCUUUUUUCAGGGUGUUUAUGCUAGGAAACAUUUUUAUUUUAAUACUAAAAAUGAGGAAUGUUUCCAAUAUGGUUUUCCUUGUGUGAUGUAACAGAACUAUUCAGUAAUGUAGUCUGAUUUACCCCAGACUAUAGGAAACAAAAUUAACUCUUAAUUUUCUGUUGAAUAUUUUUGAAUACAUUUAGUAUCUCGAUAAUGAAUGGAUUUCUAGUUAAUUAAAAACAUUGUCCAGUGUUACUGUAAAUGUAAAUGAAUAAUUACUGAAUCUGGACACUGAAACAGAGAUUAUGUACAUACCAUUAGGACCAAAAGUAGUUUAACGUGAAACUACAUAGACAGUUGCAAUGGUGGAAUUCAAAUAGCAUUCUGGACUCCACCAGCCACCAAUAUUUUCCUCAUUGAAUGAGUGCAUGAUGUGAGAACAUCAUCCAACAGUCCAUUACAGGGCAUUGGCAUUGCUAUAAGGGAGACAUAGUGAUCAUCAAGUAUUAAUGAUAAACUGAUGUCUUCUCAUACUUUAAUGCGCAAUACAACAACUGAAUCAAUUAGCUGAAUCAUCCCUUUUUUAUAUGUUAGUUGAACUGAACACAUCACUGCAAUAAAAACUUUGAUUGACUUCACUGAUACUUCCCACGAGGCUUGUGACUGGCAUCACAAAGUUUGUAAGACAUUGUCAUUUUAUAUUGAGCUUUAGUCAAAUGCAAGCACAACUGUACUUUUGGGUUUGGUAUUAUCACUUCCAAUGCCCAGAGUAUGGAGUAAUUAGAAAAUAGGUAAAUGCUUUAGUUGUCCAGUGCAGUUCUGUAAGAUCAUUUCUCAUGAGAUUUGAUCAGUUCAUUUUUUUUUGACAAGAUCAGCAUCAUUGUAGUUAACUUAUUGAAGACUGCAAUUACUCCAAAUUACAUCAAUUACUAUUUUGUGAUGUAUUUAUUAAUCAAAAACAUAUGUAUUGAGAAAUUUCAAUGUUUCUCUAAUUGUGUUCUAUUACAUUCUUAUAGAUAUUGCAAAAGGGAUUGAGCAUAGUUAAAAUACUGAAAAAAUCUUUCAAUGUUUCAAGUGUUUAUGAAAUCUAGAAUCAAUUGCUUCUCUGAAAGGAAAAUAAAAUAAUUUAUUUGCAAUAGAAAUGAAAUGAAACCAAUCUGGGAAGCAAUUAGAUAUUUUUUGUUUCUGAGGAAAGAUUUAACACACUGGUAAAAUUGCAGCUUAUCACCUUGCUAAGCUAUCAUGGCCUUUAUUGAGAAUGUAGCUGAAUGUAGAUGAUCGUGUUAGGUUAUAUCUCAUAACUAAACAGACUGUAGUCAUUGCAGCCAUAUCUUUAGUAUAGGAAGAAGUAACCAGUAGGUACUUUUUUUGAAUGUAUAAAUGUAAAUGGGCAAAGAUUGUUCAAUACCUAAAAUGGAAAAUGCUUCAACCAUCUUCCCUUCCUUAGAAUGACAUAUUAUUAGAAAUGCUCCAUCCUACAAAUGAUUUUUCGCAACCUUUAUGCAAUAAAUGUUUCAAGCUUUGUUUUCUAGUGCUUCCAUUAAGUACUGGAAAUGUGCUAUCUUUCAUAAAUUGUAUAAAGCCAUAAUAUGUUGCCAUCUGCCUUGUUCUUCAAUCUAAGCUGUAUUAUAUUAUCAUUCAUUCACAGUGGGAUCUGGCCUGGGAAAAAACCCUUUAAAAAAAGUUAAAACAAUAGGCAGCUAUGUGUGACAUGGAAGAAUGUAUGAUGUUGGCCUGAGGUGAUGAAAGAAUCCUUAUUUAGAGGGUUUAAGCUGUAUACUUUAUUGUAAUUAUUCAUACUGUGUUUUAAACAGCUCAGUUAAUGGGAGAGUCACUUUGAGUGAAACUAAUGAUGUAAAUUCUUGUCUCAAAGAAAUUCAGAAUGAAAUAACUCUCCAUUACUACUGAAUUCACAGUUUCUAAAAUUUCUAAAUUAGUCACCAUUUGCACUAGUAGUAAGCCAUACACAUUGAGCCGUCAUUUCAAUUUUUAUUUCUCUCACUGUAGCAUUCUUGUUGUCUGAGGGUUGCUAAUUAUACUUUAGCUUAUCUAAUAAUCAUAUUAUGAAUAUUUAAUAGUUUUCAAGACAAAUUAAAUGGCUUGUUUAAUUUGUUAAAUAAUUGGAGUUGUUUGUUGACCAGCUUGUCUCAUUUUAAAAAGGAAAACUGUUUGGGAAGGGAAAACCAAUAUGCCAUCACCACUCCGAUCCAAGCUUACAAUGCCAGAUACUAAAUAACUUUUAAUUUGGAUCCAUAAUCUUAAUUCUUGAUUGUAUAUGUGCAUGGUCACAACUGAAGGGUAAUUAUGCUCUCAUACAUUGGUCUCCACAUUGCAUUUUCUUCAUGGCUGCAGUCCACAACACCUUUGUUGUGGCUGAACAUGUAUAUUUAUUUAUAUAAUACAAGUUCCACUUUAAUUUCAGUGAUUAUCUGCUUUGAGGUGCAAACAGCCACAACUGGUAACUUCUUCUUAAUGUUGGUGUUGAAAUUCUGAUCUUAAUUGUUUUGCAAUCAAAUCUAUUUAUAUGCAACUAAUUCAAAAACAACUUCCUCACCUAAAUAAAUAGCAAGUACAUGUUAAUCUUACAUUAGUUGUUUCAUGAAGACAGACACUUCACCACCUAUAGCAACUCCUUAGCCUUAUACUGCUAAACCAUGUAUUGCACCAUGUAUGCACUUCAGGUACAUAAGAGGGUAGAGAUUUUCUUAAAUGCUUAAAUUGGCAAUCUUUUCUUGCAGCCUUUUUUAUUCAUUUUUGCAGACUUUGUAUCUGAUAUUGUGCUUUCUCAGUGUGCUCUGUGAUUAACUAAUAUGUAAUUGUGUAAUAUUUAAUGCCUGCUCAGGAGUUGCACUGACAUCCAGUAAAUUUAAUAAAUUCAAUCUCGUGUAGAGAGAUGCAACUCUGCACACUGAGAAAAUUGUAGAAUCUUUAUUGAACAUUCGUAUUGAAUAGAAUGUCUUUUCUUGCAUUCAUUUUGUCAGCCAUACAGGCAUUCAAUAUUAUGUACACUAUGUCAAGUAGUUAACUGUCUGUAAUACAAAAUGUAAGAAGGUUUGAAAGAGUCAUCUUAUCCUUUUAGAGUCUGCCUAAAAAUGUAAUAAUGCAACAAUAUUUCUUGAAUGUUGUAUGUUUGGACUGUAAAAUAAUGUAUAGACUAAAUGUAUUGUCCUUUAGUUCCAACAAAUGACACCUUUUAUGCAUAGUUUUCUAGCCUAUGGAAGAAAAGGAAAAAAUAAGCAAUGUGGAGUGUUUAUAUUCCCAAAUGCAGGUAAUUUCUCACUGCACUUGCAAAAUUUCAAGUGUUCAUGUUGCUUUUGAAUGUCAAUGAAGUUUUUCUAUUAUUUUCGUGGAUUUAGUAGAUUUAAGCUAGUGCCUGGCAAAAUCAGAAUAUUAUCAAUGAGAUAAACGUAUCAAUGGGUGAAUGUAUAUUGCAGCAACAUUAUUUUUUCUUUUAAUGUGUUUUAUUUUUCUCUCAAAGAGAUCCUAACUGAACCAGUUGGAAGUCUUGAAUUACAGAAGUCCACCUUGGCUGCAUUCCAUAUUGGCAGCUGUUUAACUAGAUAACACUUGUUUGCCACUUUAGAACUUGGUCCAAUACUUGUAUGCAUGUUACAUUCCUUUGUAUAUUUCUAAAUAGGUAGGGCAACAUUUUGCUAAAGUGUACAAUCUUCUAUUAUUUCCAACUAUGUUUAACAGAUUUAUGCUUUAAUGUCCGGGAAAGAGAAAAUAGUAGAGUAAAUUCAUAACGGUAAUGUUUCUAUCCCUGAGUUAGAAUGUCACAGUGAGUGGGAGUUGCAGUAUCAAUUGUUAGUAAUGGAUUAAUGUCCUGCAGAGGUUCUUGUACCUGAUGGCUGCAUGUGACUUUCUUUAUUUAGAGUAGGUGGCGCUGUUAAGUUGGUUGGUUGUCGCCCACCAAGGAAAGAGAAACAGACCUGUGUUUGUAUAAUACCUUUCCUGACCUCAAGGACCCAAUAAACAGCAGUUACAUAUUUUUGAAGUAUAAUGUUGGUUCCAGUGCUGGAGAUGAUGCAAAGUUAAAAUUCAAAAUUUCAGUUACAGUAACCUAGUGGUACUAGAUUCUCAUGUGAGACUUGAAUUAAUUUUACCAACACAAAGACUUAUACAGUAUUUGCAUAGAUAAUUAGUAAAAUGUUCCAAGGCAUUUUGCAGGAGCAUGAUCAAACCAAGCCACAUAAGUAGGUAUUGGGAUAGAUUAGUCAAAGAAGACUAAGAAGAGAUAGAGAGGAAGUUCCAUACUAGUUCUCAGCUACUGUUGGAAGGUGUGGCUACCAAUGAUGAAAAUCAGGGAAUGCAGAAGAGGAAACCAUUGAAUGAUUGCAAAGAUUUUCAAAAAGUUAUAAGACUGAGGAGGGUCAAGACAAACAGAGCAGCAGAGUCAUAAAAGGAUUUGGUAACCAGGAUGAAAAUGAUUGUCAGGAUGUUGCCUGAUUGGGUGCCAAUGUGAACAACAUUAUCUCCAAUUUCUUUAUAUUGUGCAUGGCUACUCAUUUCAGUGCGCGGAAAGUUUACAUUUUUUGAAUGCUCCCUCAAAAGGGCCAUCUUGUAGUCACCUUGUUCUAGGAACACAACUGAGUUGCUGCACAACCAUAUUGUCACAAAGCUUGGAAGAUCAUUAGGAAUAGAAGUGUGAGAUUUGGUGUGAAUUAGGAUACAGGCAGAACACGCCAGACAAGUAUAAUAUAUUCUUUGAGUUUGUUUUACACUUUAUGGGAAUAAAUGAUUUAAUGGAUAUUUUAUUGGAUUGUGAAGCAAGUUCUCAGUUGUAUCAUCAGACUUAAUGCACAAUUUGUCAAUGUACAUUAUUUAAAGCAGCAUUCACACUUAAUGACCUAUAUUAAAAGCAAUUGCAUUUUGCACUUCACAAUCAUUGCAUUUGAGAGCUACUACUGUAGUGGUCUCAUAUUUAAAUGGAAUACAUUUACUUUUAACUUUUGCUAUUCAAAUUUUAAGUAUAUUUGUGUGAUGUAAAUGCAGAAUAAAUGAUUAAUUCUAUCCCAUUUUGGCAUUAAAUUAAACUUGUUCCUUGUGAAUCAUCAGAGUAACUUGUUUCAAUAAAGUAAACCAAACCUGCACCCUUCAUUAAAUAUCUUCUAUUUAGUAUGAACUGGUAAAAUAUAGGGCCAUAUGAAAAUUUUAUUUCAGUGGAGAUGUUAAUACAUAAACUAAUACUCCAAUUAAGAGUGCAGAGAAAAACUUGAAACAAACCUAUUUGGUGUUUUAAUAUGCUUAUCGAAGGGCAUAAAUUCAGGAUUUAGAUCAACAGAAAAACUUUGCUGAGACUUUGCUUUUGUUGUCUUAAAUAGAAUUAAUCAAAAAAGUAAUACUUUCCAUAUCCAAAUGGAAGCAAUCAACUGAAACUGCGUACUUCAGCAAAGAAUGCCUUGGUUUUUAGUUUUAUAGUUUCAAAGGAAUUGUUUUAUUUGAUUUUUGUUCAUUGAUAGGAUGAGGGUAUUGCUAGCUAGAUCAGUAAUUGUUGUCCAUCCCAGUUCCCCUUGAGAAAUGGUAGUGAGCUGUCUCCUUGAACUGCUGCAAUCUUUGGGGUCCGGGAACACCCCUUGUGCUCUUAGGAAGGGAGUUCUAGGAUUUUGACCCAACAACGGUGAAGGAAUGGGGAUGUAGCUCCCAAAACAGUAUGGAAGGGAUCUUCUAAGUGGUGGCCUAAUUUCAAAUCAAAAAUGCACAGUCUUGCUCAUAGAAUUGGGGUCAACAUUUACUCAGCUAAUACGUUUCAUGAGUUUUAAAAGUCAAGAAAACAGGAAUUUGUAAAUAGAUUACCAAGCAAUAACAGUACAAUAAUACUGAAUUCAAAACAAAUCUUAGGUGGACUUCAAUAACAUCCAUCUCAUUAUAAUAACUGCAACCCAGUCAUAAAGUUGUGCAUGUCAUGGGGUUUACUGACUCUAUUGUUAAAAUAACAAAGUUACCAAUGAGAAUCACUCCACUAUCAACCUGUGAGAUCGCAAAUCCAAUCCAACAUUAAAACAUUCACUGACAGUUAUAUUUCAAUCACGUUUACAUUUCUGCUGGCUUUGGGAGUUGCAUUGUGAUAAUAAUGAAAUUGUAUCAAAUAUUACUUCUUGCAUUUGGAGUGGACUGCACUGUUUAUAUUUACUUUUAUAAAGUGCAAACUUUCAAUCAUCUUUUAGAACAUGAUAAAUGUGAGCAAUUAUAAAAAUCAGUCAAUAUUAUUGAGUGCUAAUUUAAUGAGCUGAAAUUAUUUAACAUUGGGGUUGAUGGAAAUGUAUAUGUGCCACCUCUUUGUAAGUGCCUCCUUAUUUGUCCCACUUGUACUUCCCCACAGCAAUUAAGGAAACAAAGUAACAUAGAGGUCAGUCAGCCCCUCAAACUCGUUCUGUCACUCAAUUUGAUCAUAGCUGAUCUGCAUCUUAACCUAUCCACUCAUCUUGGUUCCAAAUAUCUUAAAAUGAUUAUAUAACAAAAUCUGUCAAUCUCAGUUUUGACAAUCUUAAUUGAUCUACACUCAAAUUAUAUUGGGCAUAUUGAGCUUCACCCUUCUAAUACCGUUUAUAUGAAGGAGUGAUUUCUGAUAUUAUCACUGAAUGAAUUAGAUUGACAUUUAAGGCUGUGUCCCCAUGUUCCCCUUACCAGAGCAAAUAGUUCACUAUCUAUCUUAUAAAUUUGUUCAGUCGUCUUAAAUUCAAUUCACUUUGACCAUUCCCAAUUGGUCCAAUCAGUUCUCCUGAAUUCUGCUACUAGUCUUGUCAUUUGUUCACCACAUUUCCAAAUUGCCAUUACUCCAUAAUCUCAUCAGUUAUCAAAAUUAAUGGUCCACACUUUGCUCAUUUCAGACUUUUACAUUAAAACGAAAACAAAAGCAGCUAUUCUGGAUGAAAAGGACCCAGCAACCAGACCUUUAUACAGACCUUUAAUAACUAAGCUGUGUUGUUUAUGGAGGAUGCAAUCAAGUCGCUAUUACUUGUAGGAGCUAUGGUUUAAAAUAAGAAAGUGAUACUCAUUUGAAACUGUAAAAAAAAACUUUUAAAAGAUGUCAUAGUUUUAGUAAUAGAAUGUUUAACUCUAAGUCCUGCAGUGUCUGAAAUCUUCUCUUAAAUCUUAAACAUGAAGUAUAUCUGCUUAUUGGUUAAUUUAGCUUAUUUCCGACUGCACUGCUAAUUGGGCAGCUGUGUAUGACAGCAAACAUCACAAACAGAGAACCAAUAAGGUUACUCUGUAUUCUACAAAUCCACAUUACCUGCUGACCGUAGGGUUGACAGCAAACCUAGUAAGUCUUCUGCUCAGUAAAUUCUGUCUUUCUAUCUGAAGGAGCUAAUGUAGUAUGGGUAUUUCAAUGGGAGAGAAAAAUAUAACUGUAUUAAGUCAUAUCAGAAAUGAAUUUGACUAUAUCUCUGAAGGCCAAUCACAUCAUAUAACUGAUUUUUGAAGAUAAUCUAUCUUCUUUGAAUAAACUGUCUUGCUUUGUAUUUCUCAAUUUUUGAUUGGAAUACAAUGGGUCCUUUAGCAAUAUUUAAAUAUAAUGUAAGAAGUAGGGCAGGAGUAGGUAGGCCAUUUGACUCUGUGAGACUACUCUACAAUUCUGGUUGAUUUUUUGCCUCAACUUUGCUUUUCCAUAUCCUUUGCACAUCUCUUCCAUAAAAGAGAUCAAGAAUUUGUCUAUCUCAGCCUUAAAUCUACUCACAAAUGGAGAAUCGAUAGCCCUCAGGGGUAGACAAUUCAAAAGAUUCGCAGCCGUCUAAAUAAAUAAAUUAUUCCUCAUUUCAGUCCUGAAUGUUCUCAUCUCCCCUUAUCCCAAGACUGUAUGCCUAUGUGUUCCCAGCAAGAAAAACAUCCUCUCAAUUUCUACCUCUUAAGCCCAACUUGUAUGCAUCAACAGGAUCAUCCCUUAUUUUUCUAACUUCCAGACAACAUAGGACCAAUGUAUUUCUUGUCAAAGGAACCACUGUUUCAUUACAUAGGAACUAGGUGCAUGAGUAUGCCGUCCAGCGCUUUGAGUAUGCUCUACAAUUCAAAAUGGCCCUGGCUGAUCCUCUGUCUGAAUGACAUAUUUUCAUUUUCUCCCCAUACCCCUGGAUGCCUUUAGAACUAAAAACAUACCUAUCUCUUUCUGAAUUUAUUAAGUGACUGGACCUCCACAGUCUUGUGUGAUAGAGAAUUUCAUAGGUUCAUUACUUUUGAAGAUAUUUUUCAUCACCUUAGUUCUAAGUAGUCAACCCCAAAUCCUGAGACUAUGUCACCUCUCCCUAAUCAGGGAAAGCAUCCUCCCUCCUCCAGGUCUGUCCAGCCCUAUUCAAUUUCUUAUAUUUCUAUCAGAUCCUCUCUAUCCUUCUGAACUCUAGUGAAUACAGACCCAGUUGAACCCACCUCUACUCAUUGGAGAAUCCUAACAUCCUGGUAGCAGCUUAUUGAACUUCUGCAACACUCUCACUAUACCAAGUAAAUCCUCUCUUAGAUAGAGACCACCCAGGAUCCAAUCUAGAGAAUGGUUGUUGUACCAUGCUAAGGAAGUGUGACCUUCCUGAGAUAUGGAGUCCAAAGCACACAGUAGUCCAGAUGUGGUUUCACCAAUACUCUAUUCUUAUACUCUAAUCCCCUUCCAAUGAAGGACACCAUACAUUUCAACUUUUUAGCUAUAGCACCUGCAAGUGUAUUUAAACAUCACCAUUUAGAUUAGAUUACUUACAAUGUGGAAACAGGUCCUUCGGCCCAACAAGUCCACACCGACCCGCCGAAGCG